AUGGGAACAUGGCAGGAAGUGAAGGAUGACCAAGGAAGAACCUAUUACUAUAAUCCCGUCACCCAAGAAACUAGCUGGGAGAAUCCAGAUGUAUCUUCUCUUGGUCUGAGCUGGAAAUCUUACCGGACAGAGGAUGGCAGAGAAUACUAUUACAACGAAGCUAGCGGAGAAACGACAUGGGACAAGCCAGCGGAAUUAGAAGAGGCUUCCAAAGAUGACACAAAGGAGACAGAUGAAACAGUCCAGGAAACUGAAGAUCUUGUUGAAGAUGCAGCAGAGAAAUUAACCGAAAGAGACGCCAAGCUAGCUAAAGAAGCGGUCAAAGUGAGUGUGUUGCUUAAUCCUCCCGUUUUUGAAUCUUCCAAAGAAGCACACGAAGCUUUUUUUCAAAUGCUUGCCCAAGAAAACGUGGACUCGACGUGGUCUUUCGAAAAGGUGAUUGAGCGUUUUGUUCAGAACCCAGUGUAUUGGCUGAUCUCAGAUGCUCUGGAAAGAAAAAGCUUAUACGAUGAAUAUCUUUUACGAAAGCUACAGCAGGAAUCACAGGACAAGACGAAGUUGAUAGAGACUUUUAAACGGAACUUCGUGCAAGUUUUGGAAGAAUACAGAAACAACAAUAAGUUGACAGCCACAACACGAUGGAGCACAUUGAAACUGAUGCUUAUAGAAGAAGAAAAUCCUAUAUUCAAGCACUCUGUCCUUCCUGAUGCAGAGAUUGCAAAGAUUUUCCACGACUUUGUCGAGAACUUCACACUGGAAGAGAAAAGAAAACUUCAGGAGAAGAAAGACCAAGCCCUUACGGAACUCGACGCCUAUCUCUCACAGUUGAUCUCAGCACAAAAGUCUCAUGACUUGACUUGGGAAACUUUGUAUAAGAGACUACAAAACGAUGCUCGGUUCAAAGCUAACAAGCACUUUCAGGUACUUACAAAGACAGACAUGCUUGAUUUGUACCGAAAUAAGAUAUACCCGAAGAUCGUUGAGGAGAUAAUGAAGGAAGUUGUAAUAGCACGAAAAAGAAAUUAUAGAUCUGACAGGAAGGCAAGACAAGCAUUCAAAGCGUUGAUGGCUAAAGUUACAAUCAAUGCCAAUACAUUGUUUCAAGAUGUACUCCCGCAAUUGGAGGACGAAGACGAGUUUAUUGAAAUAUGUGGAAGAAAUGGAUCGACGCCUUUGGAACUUUUCUGGGACAUUGUGGAUGAAAAACGGCAAAUUCUAAAAGUCAAGAAAGAUCUCGUGGAGCACAGCAUAGCUGAUUUCAAAGCACAAAAUCCAGAUGUUUUUGAAUGGGAGACACUUAUAAACGACAAGGACAGAUUCAUUGAUGCCUUGAAGAGUAUAAAGGACGAUCGCUUGUCUUCCUUUGAUUUCACUCAGACGGAUGAAGAUAGCGAGUUAUACAUUAUCUACGACUCAUUGAAAAAAGAACACAUUUUGCAACAGCAAAAGAAUAAAAUUGCAUAUGAAGAGAACCUAGCCCGGGGCAUAAAGUCCUUAGCGGAAUGGAUGAUGCAGGACCUUUCAGCUUUUGAUUUCAUAAAGAUGACGAAAGAAGGUGAUAUAGUGCCGGAGGAUGAUAAAGAAUCAGACACAGUCAUUGAAGUUAACAGUCGGGGUAUCGCAAAGCUUGUGAAAAAUGAACCACAAAGUCUGAAAUGGAAGGAAAGUCUUGGGGACAAGGAGAAGUUCACAGAAAUACUUCACUUGAUUGAGGAACAUCAUAAGGAAGCACCAGAGCAGCUUGAGAAGGCUCUUUCCGAAGUAAUCGGUAAGUGCAUUGAUCAUAUUGUUAUUUUGGGCACGCAAAGCCGCAAGAGAAAAUUGGAACCAUAUUCCAGAGACACUGUGAGCGAAGCGAAGAGAGUGAAAAGUGAUAAGGAGAAGAAGCCUAUACUAAUGAAUUAUUAG